AUGAAGAGAUUGUGGCCCCAGAUGUUUCCACUGGGNGACGCCUCCAAGUUCGCGCAGCACGCUUUCCGCACCUUCGACAAGAACGGCGACGGCACCAUCGACUUCCGGGAGUUCAUCUGCGCCCUGUCGGUUACCUCCCGCGGCAGCUUCGAGCAGAAGCUCAACUGGGCCUUUGAGAUGUACGACCUGGACGGCGACGGGCGCAUCACGCGCCUGGAGAUGCUGGAGAUCAUCGAGGUGCGGGGCCGCGUGGGCGCUGCUAUCCCCGAGGCCAGCGCUUCGCCGCCCCCGCCCCUGCCUCCGCGCUGCUCUCGGUCCUCGGGGCUUUCCCGCUGCUUCCAAGCCUGCGAUCCCGCCUCCUACCACCCCGCGGCGGACCACAGGCCCGGGCUAAAUGCUUUACCCGACACUCGACGGGGGGUGGUGGUUACUGUCCCAAACCCCAUUUGGCAGAGGAGGAAACGGUCGCGGGUGGCGACCGUUUGGUUCCUGAAACCAAUCCAGGGAGUCUGA